AUGGUCGCGCAGGAGCCCAGAGGUUGGCGUUCUGUCCACGAUGAACGGCCUCACCCAGACAUUGCGGGAAGUCAUGAAGGCCUUCGCCCAAGCUCGCGGUUUUGAUAGAGUUUUGGAAAAGGUGACUGUUGUCUCCGCUGCUCCUGGGAAAGUAACUUGUGAAAUGAAGGUGGAAGAACAGCACACUAAUAAACUGGGCACCCUCCAUGGUGGCAUGACUGCCACCCUCAUAGACUGCAUAUCAACAGUGGCUCUGUUAUGCUCGGAAAGGGGGGCGCCUGGAGUCAGUGUGGACAUGAACAUAACGUAUCUGUCACCUGCUAAGAUUGGAGAGGAGGUAGUGAUUACAGCUCAUGUUCUGAAACAGGGAAGAACGCUUGCAUUUGCCUCUGUGGAUCUGACCAACAAGGCCACAGGAAAACUAAUAGCACAAGGGAGACACACAAAACACCUGGGAAACUGAGGGGCCAGCAGGGAGGCCCCAACCCCAGCCGCCAGUAUCAAAGAGCUUCGAUGUGAACAACUUUCUGAAAUAAAUUAGCAAAACCACAA